AGCCCCUCUGGCUCACGGAGGGGUGCAGCGAUCGGGCGCGCCGUUGCCCUGCCUUGCCUGGCCCGCCUGCUCCGCUCGGCGGCGAAGGGCGGGCGACAUGCUGGCCGCCCCCCGGCCGCGGCUGGCAGGUGCCGCGAUUGCUGGGGCGUCCCUGGCCGCCGUUGCCGCGGCUGGGUAUGGAGUGUACAGGCUGCGGCGGCGGCGCGAUGGGCCGUCGACAGGGGUGACCAGACCGGGCGCGACGGUGCGGAUCUUGUACGGCUCCACCACGGGCACCUCGGAGAAGUGGGCCAGGCGCUUGGCGAGCGAGCUGGCCCACCAGGCCGAGGAGCUUGGAGGCGUGGCCCCCGCGGAGGUCGUCGUGGAGGACCUGGCCGACUUUCUCUUCGACGCGCUGCUGCAGGCGCCGCGGCGUGGCGCCGCCGCUCGCCCGAGCGUGGUGGUCGUGCUCCUGUCCACGCACACGGACGGCGAGGCGCCCCCGCGCUGCGCGCACUUCCUGCAGCUGCUCGAGGAUCACGCCCUCGACUUUCGGGUCGGCGCGGCCGCGAUGGCGCACCACCACUUCGCCGUGGCUGGCUUCGGCAGCGACGAGUACGAGCCCGCGGGGCACUUCUGCACGGCAGCGUCGCGAGCCGACGCCGCUCUGGCCGCCAUGGGUGCCCUGCGCCUCCUGCCGCUGGUCCGGGUCACGGACACGCAGGAGCCGGGCGCGCAGGUGGAGCCGUGGUGCUCUCAACUCAAGACCUUGGUCUUCAGGUUAGCCGAUGGCACCGCCGUCAGUGUGGCUCCUGGCGCGCCUGCGACCGCGCUCACGCCCCUGACCGCAGGGCCGGCUGACGAGGACAGCGGCUCGGAGUCCGACUCCUCCGGCACAAGCACCACGGUGGGUUCUGGCAGUAAGAAGAACGUGGCUGAGGAUUUGGAGGACAUGGACCAAGGCUGCGCGGGAGACGUCGUGGCGUCCCGAAAGACGGCAGCAGAACCGAAGGAAAUGCUGACGACUAAGCACAGGGCCCAGCUGACAAAGGAGGGCUACAAGAUCAUCGGCUCGCACUCCGCGGUGAAGCUCUGCAGAUGGACUAAGCAUCAGCUCCGUGGUCAAGGAGGUUGCUAUAAGCAUUCGUUCUAUGCGGCACGGUGGCGGAUUACGUCCUACCAGUGCAUGGAGGCGACGCCUUCGCUCGCAUGCGCGAACAAGUGCACCUUCUGUUGGCGGCAUCACAAGAACCCGGUGGCGACCGAGUGGAAGUGGCGCAUGGACGAGCCCGAGAGGAUAGUCGCUGAGGGUAUUGAGCUGCACCAGAAAAUGAUCAAAGAGUGCAAGGGGAUCCCGGGCGUCAAGAAGGACAGGUUCGAUGAUGCAAUGACUGUUCGCCACUGCGCCCUUUCGCUGGUUGGCGAGCCGAUCAUGUAUCCUCGCAUCAACGAGCUCCUUACCGAUUUGCACCGCCGGCACAUCAGCACGUUCCUGGUGACGAACGCGCAAUUUCCCGAGGCGAUCCGGAACCUCUGUCCCGUCACCCAGCUGUAUGUGAGUAUCGACGCAGCGACGCCCGAGGCCCUCAAGGCGGUCGACAGGCCGCUGCACCAGGACUUUUGGGAGCGGUACCUCGAUUCUUUGAGGGCGUUGGCAGAAAGGAAACAGCGGACGGUGUACCGACUAACUCUCGUCAAGGGUGAGAACAUGUCGGAUGCGGGUGAGUAUGCCCGCUUGUUUGCGCUCGGCAAGCCCGACCUCGUGGAGAUCAAGUCGGUGACGUUCUGCGGCACGUCCAAGGCCUCGACUCUGACGAUGUCGAAUACGCCGUGGCACGUAGAGGUCAAGGAGUUCGCGGAGUCCAUCUUGUCUCAUGAAGGACUUAGCGAGGAUUACGAGCUCGCCUGCGAGCACCAGCACAGCUGCAUCGUGCUGCUGGCGCACAAAAAGUUCAAGAUAGACGGCCAGUGGCAUACCUGGAUUGACUACGACCGCUAUCACGAGCUCGUGAAUUCGGGGAGGGAGUUCAAUCCAUGGACUACUGCGCACCCACGCCAGAUUGGGCCUUGUACGGCUCGGAGGAGGCAGGCUUCGACCCCGAGGAGAAGCGCAAGUAUCACAACCGCACCAGGCGCCGGGCCCAAGAAGGGACGCUAAGCGAGGCGCAGAUGAGCCACUAUCCGAAGGACUUCGCGGCGCUGCACGGCUGAGGCCCUGAUAAGACCCGCCCUGGCUCCCCCAUCCAUGGCGGGCCGCCUCAGGUUGCUGUGCAGGCAGCGG